CAAUGUCUGCUCCUGCUGCUUUCUCCGACAUCGCCAAGGCGGCCAACGAUCUCCUUAACAAGGACUUCUACCACGCCAGCGCCGCCAGCCUUGAGGUCAAGUCCAAGGCCCCCAAUGGCGUCACCUUCAACGUGAAGGGCAAGUCUGCCCACGAGGGUCCCAUUGCUGGCUCCCUCGAGGCCAAGUACGUCGACAAGCCCACCGGCCUCACCCUCACCCAGGCGUGGACCACUGCCAACGCCCUCGACACCAAGCUCGAGCUCGACAACAACAUCGCCAAGGGCCUCAAGGCUGAGAUCCUCACCCAGUACCAGCCCGCUAAGCAGUCCAAGGGCGCUAAGCUCAACCUCCACUUCAAGCAGCCCAACCUCCACGCCCGUGCUUUCUUCGACCUUCUCAACGGUCCCUCCGCCAACUUCGACGCUGUUCUCGGCCACGAGGGCUUCCUUGUCGGUGCUGAGGGUGGCUACGACGUCCAGAAGGCCGCCAUCACCAAGUACUCCGCUGCCGUCGGCUACAGCGUUCCCCAGUAUUCUGCUGCCAUCACCGCUGGCAACAACCUGACCGUCUUCUCUGCCAGCUACUACCACCGCGUUAACGAGCAGGUUGAGGCUGGUGCCAAGGCCACCUGGGACUCCAAGACCGGUAACUCCGUUGGCCUCGAGGUCGCCAGCAAGUACCGCCUUGACCCCUCUUCCUUCGCCAAGGCCAAGAUCAACGACCGUGGUGUUGCCGCUCUCGCCUACAACGUUCUCCUCCGCCCUGGUGUCACCCUUGGCCUUGGUGCUUCUUUCGAUACCCAGAACCUCAACCAGGCUGCCCACAAGGUUGGCGCCAGCUUCACCUUCGAGGCUUAGAAGAGCUACCAUAGUUAGCAUCAGUCCGCACUCAGAGUCUAGCGUUCGAGUUAGCCGGAUACAUUGAUUUUUUGGAAGCCUUUAAGAGUAGAAACUUGAUUGCUUUCUUAUGAUCUUUGAACGGGCUAUUGGUUCGCGCAGGAUUGGUUUUGUGGGUGGGCGUGGGUUCUUAUGGAUGUCUAGUUAAUAACCAUGUAUCGUAUCUACCGACGAUAAGUGUAUAUCAAGUCUACAUUUCCC